UAAACAUAGCCAAUGUCUGUUUUCUGUGACAGAAGUUGCAUACAGUAUCUAUGGAGCUCACAACAUCGCUGUCACUCAUCACUGACUCCAACCAGACCGCCAAGAAUGAGUCAUUUGUGGACUGUUCACGUGAGAGCGCUCUGAAGACAACCGUGUUCCCUCUUCUCUACACCAUCCUCUUCAUCCUGGGCUUGUUGCUGAACAGCUUGGCAGCAUGGGUGUUCCUCUGAAUCCCCAGUAAAUCUCACUUCAUCAUCUAUCUGAAGAACAUUGUGGUGGCCGACAUUAUCAUGACCCUAACCUUCCCCUUCAAGAUCCUCGCAGAUGCGAACUUAGCAUCUGUCGGUGAGCGUGUGUUUGUCUGUCGAGUGUCAUCUGUGCUCUUCUACCUCACCAUGUACAUCAGCAUCCUCUUCUUUGGCUUGAUCAGCAUCGAUCGCUGCAGAAAGACCAUGUGGCCAUUUGUGGGCACCAGCCCCAGACGCCUUCUGCACAGAAAGCUCCUCUCGGGCUUCAUAUGGAUGUCGGUCUUGGCUCUUUCUCUGCCUAAUGUAAUCCUGACGAGCCGGCCCAGCACUUCAAGCCACUUUAAAUGCAGUAACCUCAAGACAGAGAUGGGACUAAAGUGGCAUGAGCUGGUCAACCACGUGUGCCAAAUGAUCUUUUGGGGAAACCUUGUGACUGUGAUAGUAUGCUACACACUCAUCUCAAAAGAGCUCUACAAGUCUUACAUCCGCACACAAGCUCAACACCAGGCAAGGCCAGGAGCGAAUGCCCCUCAGAAGAAGAACAUUCAAGCCAACGUGUUCCUGGUGUUGGCUGUCUUCUUUGUUUGCUUCGUUCCCUUCCACUUCUCCCGAGUGCCCUACACCAUCAGCCAGACCCGGGAAAGCAUGUUCGAUUGCCAGCAGAAGCUUCUUUUCUUCCAGCUGAAGGAGACCACGCUGUGGCUUUCCUCUCUUAACUCUGUGCUGGAUCCUCUAAUCUACUUCUUCCUCUGUAAAUCAUUCAGGAGCUCGUUGUUUAACACCAUGCGCCUGUCUCCGGGCCGCUGCAGGGUGCUCAGGGAGCUCGGGACAGACUCGGCCAGCACUUCUCAGACAUGAAGGACACGUAGCCUUUCGGUGCUGCUGUAAACACUCUCAUCAAUGUGAAAAUUAUAGGGUUCACCUACACUGAUAAUCUUACUGACAUCAAUAUUCUUCUUUGUUUAAACAUAUUUUUGUGCUCAGAGCUGGGCAGUAACUGAUCACAUGUAAUCUUGAUUAAUCAGGGCUGCAUUUCCCAAAAGCAUCGUAAGCUUAAGUACACUGUAUACCCACUGAAACCAAUGGAGCUAUGAUCAAUUAUGCUUUUUGGAAACGCAGCCUAGAUUCCAAAAAUCGAGUAGGGCCUACUUGUAACUAGAUUAAAUUACAUUUUAUAAAACUCAUAAUCAGAUUACAGUUAUUUUUUUAUGGAUUACAUGAUUACAUAUUUAUUUUACACAAUAGCUAUAUAUUUAUUGACUGUCUUGAAUUCCUCUUUUUCACCUUUUAAUGUUCCUUUCUAAAAUAGUCCACUGUUUGUACACACUUCCAGGUUUGUGGACGCUCACACAGAGAUCAGUCAGUAAUCAUGUGUCUACACUGCAUUUGAUCAUUGGACAUACACAAAUCAUUUCAGGUUAAGAAGUGUUUUUUAUAACUACUGAUAUAUACAUAAUUUUAAAUUGAAUUAUCACUCAGUAGGUUAUUUAACCAAGUAUUUCUAUAGCUUUGGGAGUCUUUUGUCUUUCAAACACAUUACAAUGCACAAAUUCAAAAAAUUUGUCAUCUGAUCCUUUUUCACCUAAUACAUUUUCUUGUAACACGAUAUUGUAAUAAAAUAUUUUAAUAAUUAAAUAUCACAUUUGCAUGUUCAUGGUUCUCUGACACAGGUUAUGGUCACGUGAUAUGCGGGUAAACAAAUUUUAGUAAGUGUUUUAU